AGAGAGUGUCCAUCCCUGUCCCCGCUGGCCUCCGAGUGCAUGUGUCCAUGCUGGGAAGAGGCUCCGAAGCUGAUGAGAGGUUCUGCAGCUGCAGGACCCCUCCUGGGAAGAUUGGCCGUGAUCAUUGACAUUUUGCAGGAGACACAGAUUUUUACCAACGGUUGUACCAGUGCUAAGCAGACAAGCCACGGGAGAUCCUGGCCUCCUGCUUCUCAGUAUGGUGCGUCCCCCUCUGAACCUUGACAUUCAAGACUGUAGCAGUGUCUUUUGGUGGUUGAAUUGGAAAAUAUGCAUUUCUGGAGAAACUUUGUGGUUAUUAGACCAAGGCAACCACCAAGUAUACAUCUCCUACAUUUUCAUGUUCACUUCAAGAUCUUGAUCUUGAAUCCUCAUGAGCUUUAGCUAGUCUAUGACUGCAUUGCCAUAGACAUUCUUCUGAUGCCCACCACACUCUGUGCUUGGAAACUUCCAGAGGAGAAUGGACAAGUUUCCUUGGUUCCUUGUAGCUUCCCGGGGAAGGUGCUCCUGUGGCCAGAAGGGAGGAGGAAAGUGAAAAUCCUCAAAGGAGCAGGGAGAGAAGGGCAUUCUUGGGACUCCAGAGAUGGCACAGGGCUCCCUGUGGGUGGCACUCAGUGCAGGCUAUCAGAUGACAUGUCACACAUUAGAUUGGCUUCCUAUGUGCGUGUGGCCAUUCUGUGUAAGCUGAGGGCACUUGUCACAGGGUAUACAGGUGUGUGUGCAUGUGUGUAUUUAGAGUCUGAAUUCCACGUGGAUCAGGGAAGGAGGGGUCCCUGAAAGCUUGCUAAGUGCCCACUCUGUGCCCAGCCCUGACCUGGGACCAGCAGGGGCUGCACAGGAAGGAAGGUCACAGCCUGAGGAGACGUUUCUAAGACUGAGAGCCAUUCAGAGACUCUGAGGUCACUGUGCCAGCUUAGGGGUCUGGGCCUUGAGCUGCAGGCUCACAGAAGGGGAGCUCCCUGGGGUGGCCUCAUCAGGGCUGGAGAAGGAUGCUGGCCCUGAUUCCUCCCCACUGGAUGCUUGCCUGGACCUGCAAGGAAUUUCUGAGCCCAGCUGGCCUUGUGCUUUUGGGGGUGUGAUGGGAGGGGCGGCUCAGGUCUGGGGCGCUGUGGGCGAGUAGGGGUCUCACCCCUGGAAGUAUCUGUGGCAUCUGUGGCACAGCUGGGAUGGGUAGAAGGUGCAUGGUUCUGGUGGGGGGGGCGGGUCUCAGCCGGUCCCCAUCCCCGGUGGCUGUGCUCCCUCUGUGCCCUUCAUUUUGUGACCAGCCCUAGGAGCAGAACCUAAAGAAACUGAACAAGGAAGCAGCAGGCACAAAGAAAAGCAGAAGUGGAAACCUUGGAGACUUGACCCUCCUCCUUGAAGGGGCCUGAAGCCGCCUGGCACUGCCGUGGGUGACGUCUGUGCGGAGAAGAUGAGGUGGCCGGACCAGGCCGUGUGGCUGCCGUUGACUCUGCUGCUUCUCUGGGUCCCAGGCUGCUCCUCUAUAAGUGGCCCCACCUCCAUGACGGGAACCUUGGGGAGUUCCCUGAGCGUGCAGUGUUCAUAUGAAGAGCAAUUAAGAGAACAUUUCAAAUACUGGUGCAAAAAGCCAUGUUUUUGGAAAAUUGUGGAGACCAAACGGUCAAGCAAAGAAGUGAGGGACGGCCGCGUAUCCAUCAGGGACUAUCCUGCAAACCUCACCUUCAUAGUGACCUUGGAGAACCUCACAGAGGAUGAUGCAGGAACGUAUCGAUGUGGGAUCGAUACGUCCUGGUUAGGAGGAUAUUUGCAAGACCCCGCCGUCCACAUUGUGGUGUCUGUGAUCCCAGCAACAACGUCCGCCCCACCCGCAAACAUCACUGUAACCCAGAUCUCAACAAUCACAGCUGGAAUCACGACCACGCCGUCCUCAUCCUCACCCACUGUCCCCAUCACCAUGGGAGCCACCCACAGUGCAAGCAGCCAAGAGGAGUUCCAGCAAAGCCAAGGCGUGGGGCUCCAAGUACUCCUUUCCUUGUUGGCGCUUCUGCUGCUUCUGCUGGGGGGAAGCUUGUUCCUGGCCUGGAGGAUAGUUCGCAAGCGGGUCAAAGCUGGUGAGAAUCCAAAGCCACUCCGGACCCAUAGUCAGAAUACUCUGCAAGGUGAGCUCUAUUAUGCGAAUCUGGAGCUGCAGACAAGGACGCUUCAGGGAGAGCCCGUGCAGCCGAGACAGGAAGAGGUAGAAUACAGCACUGUGAGACACAGCGUGAGCAGGAGAGGGGGACACAGAAUCUGAAGCAGGCUCCAGGCUCUGAGCUGUUGGCCCAGAGCCCGACAUGGGGCUUGAACUCACAGACCAUGAGAUCAAGACCUGAGCCAAGGUUAGAUGCUUACUGACUGAGCCACCCGGGUGCCCCUUGAAGAACAACUUUGGGGAACAGAUGAAGGUAUUUCUUCCCAGGUGUCCAGAGCCAGCUGUGGAGAGAGAAGGUCUUCCUGGAAGUCCUGGGGUCUGGGGCACAUUCGGAAGGGCUGAGAGAAGAAGGCUCAGUCCUGUAGUGACACACAGCAUAUUACCAAUCUACAGUAAUCAAAACAGUAUGGUACCGGCAUAAAAACCUCUAGAUCGGAAUUGAAAGCCCACAAAUAACUCCCCACAUGUAAAGCCAACUAACCUUUGACAAGGGAGCCAAGAGUGGCCAAGGGGGGAAGAAGAGUCUGCUCAAGAAAUGGUGAUGGGAAAAUUGGAGAACCACGUGCAGAACAACGGACUUGGACCCCUCACAAAUGCUGACUCCAAAUGUUGAUUCAGACUUAAAUGUAACACCUGAAACUGUAAAACUCUUAGGCGGGAACGGGGAAAAAAAACAUCUUGACGUUGGUCUUGGCACAGAGUUUUGGAAAUGACAUCAAAAUGACAUCAAAAACACAAGCAACAAAAGCAAAAAUUAAUAAUAAGUAGGACUGGGCUGAAUAUUAAAAACUUGCUUGUUUUUUAAAUGUUUAUUUAUUUUGAGAGAGAGCACGUGUGAGUGGGGGAGGAGCAGAGAGAGAGAGAGAAACAGAAUCCCAAGCAGGAUCCACACUGUUAGCACAGAGCCUGACUCGGGGUUUGAACUCAUCAACUGUGAUAUCAGGACCUGAGCUGAAACCAAGAGACUUAUGACACCUGGCUGAUUUCUAGACCACAAGGGCGGGGGUGGGGGGGGGUGGUGGCGCUAAGGAAUGGGGUGUGUCUCUCUUGGUCCUGCGCCCUCGUUAUUUACCAGGUCCACACCUAACUGUGAAGGUCCCACCAAGUGCCAGGCACUCUUCUGUGGAUACAGCCCUGAGCCACUGAAACACAAUCCUGCUCUGACAAAAGUGGGGGGAUUCACAUAAGGACUAGGUCAACACACUCAUCAAGAUAAGUGUGCGUGUUCGUGAUGAGUUGGAUGCUUAACCAACUGAGCCACCCAGGCGCCCCUCAUAUUAAAGUCUUGUGCACAGCAAAAGAAACAAUCAAUAAAAUGAAAAGAUAGCCAAAAGAAUGGGAGAAAAUAUUUGCAAGUCAUAUAUCAGAUAAGGGGUUAAUAUACCAAAUAUAUAAAGAGUUCAUGCAACUCAAUAACAACAAUAAAAAUAACAACUUCUAUAAUGUGA